AUGGCACCCUCCGCAGUCGAAGUCGAGACGUCCACGGUCCCAGAUCUGGCGACUCUUAAGCUCAAGGCCUCGCAUAACGGCCCCUACAAAGAGCUGGCAGCCAACAAGUAUGACCCAGAUGCUGAGGCAGGACUAAAGGGCCACAAGCCCGCCAAGGAUCAAAGGGAGGAUCCCCAUGCUGACCCCCAGAAACUGAAGUACCCGCACUACCUCCCGACCUGGGACCGCGCGCAAAAGUACCCUCCACUUGAGCCGUUCGAGCACUACGAGCACGGCAAGGACGCCGACACGUCGUACCCGAACCUGCUGCCGGAGGGGGAAGUCUCGGUGACGCACCUGACGCCGACCAUCGGCACCGAGGUCAGGGGCAUCCAGCUCAGCUCUCUCACCGCGGCCGGCAAGGACGAGCUCGCGCGGUUCGUGGCCGAGCGCAAGGUGGUUGCCUUCCGCGACCAGGACUUUGCCGACCUGCCGAUCGAGAAGGCGCUCGAGUUUGGGGCAUAUUUCGGCCGCCACCACAUCCACCCAACAUCGGGCGCGCCAGCCGGCUACCCGGAAAUCCACCUCGUGCACCGCGGCGCCGGCGACACCAGCGUGGAUAAGUUCUUUGCCAACCGUACAAGCUCCGUGGCGUGGCACUCGGACGUGUCGUACGAGCAGCAGCCGCCCGGCACGACCUUCCUCUACAUCCUGGACAAGCCGUCGACGGGGGCGACACGCUGUUCCCCCCUCUUCCAGCAGCGGCUGCACGGCCUGCGGGCUACACACUCGGGCAUCGAGCAGGCCGAGUCCAGUCUGGCGAGGGGUGGGAUCAAGCGGCGCGAGCCCGUCGUCAACGAACACCCCAUCGUGCGGACGCAUCCUGCCACGGGAGAGAAGGCACUUUACGUCAACCCGCAGUUCACCCGCGACAUCGUGGGCCUCAAAAAGGAAGAGUCCGACGCCAUCCUCAAGUUCCUCUACGACCACCUGGCCUUCGGCGCCGACUUCCAGGCCCGCGUCAAGUGGGAAGAGCGGACGGUGGUGGUUUGGGAUAAUCGGGUAACCCAGCACUCGGCGUUGGUCGAUUGGAAGGACGGCCAGCGGCGGCAUUUGGCGCGCAUCACGCCGCAGGCUGAGCGGCCCUUCGAGACGCCGUUCGAGGGUUGA